AUGGGACUUUAUUGUACGAAAUGCUAAAUUAAAAAUGAAGAAGACUUAUUUUUAGAUAAUUUUAUUUUAGAAAAAAAACCUUAAUAAUCUGAGGAAAAUUUAGAUGACAGUGAAGAAAUAGAUUCAAGUAUAUAUGAGUUGAAAUAAUUUUAUAAAUAGUUAAACCUCCUAAAACAAAUGGUAAAAAGAGUUUGAAUGAAUUGAAACAGAUAGAGUAGAUAUUAAGAAAAGAGAAAGCAAACUCAUCAGAUUCUAAUGAGACAGAAGAAUUAAUCUUUGAUGAUCAUUCAAAAUUUUUAGGUCGGAUAGAAAAGAAUAAAGCAAAUGGAGAAGGUAAAUUAUGGUUGUAGAAUGGUGAUUAUUAUGAAGGAAAUUUUAAUGAUAAUUUAAUGCAUGGGAAAGGUGUAUAUAGAUAUAAAAAUGGAGCUAAAUAUGAAGGAGAUUUCUUGAAUAAUAAACCUGAUGGUUUUGGAAUAGAAAUUUAAUUUAAUGGAUCAGUUUAUAAAGGAACAUUUAAGAAUGGUUUAAAAGAUGGAUAUGGAAGUUAUAAAUGGUCAUAAGGAUGUUAAUAUGAAGGUGAAUGGAAAAAUAAUAAUAUAAAUGGAAAAGGGAAAUAUGAUUGGCCAGAUGGAAGGGUAUGUAGAUCAUAAUAAUAAUUUAAGUCUUAUGUAGGAGAUUGGGUCGAAAAUUAAAUGCAUGGUAAAGGAAAGUACAGUUGGUAAGAUGGGAAAUGUUAUGAUGGUGAAUAUCAAUUCGACAAAAAAUAAGGUUUUGGGAUAUUCUACUGGCCAGAUGGAAAACAAUAUAAAGGAUACUGGAUGGAUGGAAAAUAACAUGGAAAUGGAAUGAUGAUAUAUGCAGAUGGUAAAAAAAAGAUGGGUGAAUGGAAAGAUGGUUAAUUUAUUCAUUGUAUUGAAAAUGAUCAAGAAUAAUGA